CCUCGCUCCGUUUUUGGAUACAAAUCCAGUUUUGGCACUCCCUCCAAUACCCUGAACCUCUCCAGGAUCACCCAACCAGGGGAACCGAAAAAUGAACUCCGUCGACGCAACAGAGCACUACGAAACCAGUGCCCACGACCCCGCCCCCUCCCUCCUCACCGUAAUCUUCGACACCAACCCGCACGCCUGGGCCCUUCUCGAGAACGAACUCCCGCUAUCAAAAGCCAUCGCGAACGUCCUCGUCUUCCUAAACGCCCACCUAGCAUGCAACUACGCCAACGAGGUCGCAGUCGUCGCGUCCCACAGCCAACAAGCUACAUGGCUGUAUCCGCGCGAGGAGAACCAGAACCCGUCCGCCGUGGACAAGAACGGAACCACGGGCGUCCCACAAAGCCAGGUGAAUAAGUACCGGCCCUUCCGGAUCGUCGAGGAGCAGGUCACGCGGAACCUGCACGCCCUGAUGGCCGAGACCUCCGUGUCGGACGUCAAGUCCACGUCGGCGACGAUGAUGGCCGGCGCGCUGACCCUGGCCCUGAGCCACAUCAACCGGCGCAGCAUUGCCUGGUCCGAGGCGCACGGCGGGGACACCUCGACGGCAGACGGGGGCAGUGGCGCGCCGGGCACCGGACCAGGCACUGGGCCAGGAGGGACAUCGGCGUCCGAGGGAGGGCUGCAGUCCCGGAUCCUGAUCGUGUCUGUGAGUGGGUCCUCGGACUCCGCGCACCAGUACAUCCCCAUUAUGAACGGGAUCUUUGCGUGCCAGCGCCUCCACAUCCCGAUCGACGUGUGCAAGCUGCGCGGCGACGCGGUGUUCCUGCAGCAGGCGUCGGAUGCGACGCGGGGCGCGUACAUGGCGCUGACGGAGCCGCGCGGCCUGCUGCAGUACCUGAUGAUGGCGUUUUUGCCGGACCAGCGGUCCCGACGACACUUGGUGCUGCCGACGCGCGUGGACGUGGACUUCCGGGCGGCGUGCUUCUGUCACCGCAGGGUCGUGGAUAUCGGGUUUGUGUGCUCCAUCUGCCUGAGUAUCUUCUGUGAGCCGCCCGAGAACGGCAAUUGUUUGACCUGUGGGACGCAUUUGGAGAUGGGUGACUAUGGGGCCAAGCCGGCGCUGAUUGCGCGGAAGAAGGCGAAGAAGAAGAAGCCGAGGGCGAAUGGCCCGUCGGGCACGGCGACGCCAACUCCUACGCCGACGCCGGGGCCUUGAGGCUAGGCUUUGGCUGCUGGAAGAAGUACACGACAAUGAUAACUGUAGGAGGGGAUGUCGCUCAGUCACCUUGGAUGUUAGACGACUACAUGUCGGAGAAGGCGCGGCA